AUGUUCUUCUCGAAUCAAACAAAAUAUUUUCUUCUCCUCCUGUUUUAUUUGUUCGAAUUAACAAUUGGUGGCGCACAUCAACGACGUUUGUUACAAUAUCUAUUUAAAGAAAACAGUUAUGAUCCUAUGGAAAGACCGGUUUUCAAUGAUACAGCGACUUUGACUGUUACGAUGAAUUUAGCAUUGCAACAGAUCAUCGACUUCGAGGAGAAAAGCGAAAUUAUCGUCAUCAGUGGCUGGCUAGUCCUUACAUGGCAUGAUUAUAGUCUACAAUGGAAACCCGAAGAUUAUGGAGGAAUUCAAUCGAUUCGAGUACAUAGUUCAAAUGUAUGGACGCCAGAUAUCUAUCUUUAUAAUAGUGCUGAUGAUAAUUUUGAAGGAACAAUGAAAACAAAUUUAGUUGUGCAACAUAAUGGUACUAUACUAGAAAAUGAUCGUUUCGUUGAAAGAUUUAUUUAUUUUUCUACUUUUUCGGACGAACAAAAUUGCACAUUAAAAUUCGGCCCAUGGUCUUACGAUGAUAGUGGCGUAAAUCUAACCAUCGAUAGCGAUCAAGGUCAAUUGGAUGCUUAUGUAAAAAAUGCUGAAUGGGAUCUAUUGAGCUUUUUAGCUGUCAGAGAAGCAGUUGUUUAUGAAUGUUGUCCAACUGUCUAUCCAUUUGCCUUAUUUACGAUCCGUAUACGUCGGCGUACGCUUUAUUAUGUGGUCAAUAUUGUCGUACCGUGCGUUUUAAUUAGUUUUAUGACGGUUCUCGGCUUUCUGCUUCCACCUGACAGUGGUGAAAAGUUAACAUUACAGAUAACAAUUCUACUUUCAAUUGUUAUGUUCAGCUUGUUGAUCUCAGGCUUUAUACCGGCAAGCUCAACGGCAUUGCCUAUCAUUGUCAUGUAUUUUGUUACUGUUUUGUGUAUGUGUUCAAUGUCAGUUGUUGCGACUGUUUUGGUUCUUGGAUUUCAUCACCGCAACGCAAAAAAUCAUACAAUGCCAAGAUGGAUUUCCGUCUAUAUCAACGAAUACCUUGCAUGGUUAUUAUGGAUGAAUCGUCCUGGGCAUGAUUUAACGUGGCGUGCUAUCCGCCGUCGACAUGCUCGUACUCUUGACCGAGAGGAUAGUACAUCGAAUGCUUAUAAAUGUCUCCCAACACCUCUAUUAGCCGAGUCAUCGAAGUCUUUGUUAGCAAAUGUAACAUGUCUCAAUGAUACGUCAUAUUCAAACGCUUGUAGUACGUUGCCAACAACAGUUAUGAACCAUGUUGUUUCACGUCAACACAGCAGCAAAUGUAAAAAUCCGAAUCAUCAUCAUGAUCCAAACGAUGUUCUCCUUCCUCGUGAUAUGCGCGUAUUUCGCGCCGAAAUGCGAACGAUUAUAACUGAACUUCAAUUUCUCACUGAACACGUCAAACAAGGAGAAGAAGAGGACAACAUAUCUGAAGAUUGGAAAUUUUCAGCCAUGGUUAUCGAUCGUCUAUGUCUUGUUUUAUUUAGCUUAAUGACAACGAUAUUUAGUUAUGUCACACUUUUCUCUGCACCGAAUUUUUUUAAACUACGAUAA